UGCCAAAAUAAAAUAUCGAAAAGAAAAAUAAAAUAUAUUUUAAGUUUCUCUCUACAGUAAAUUAAAACAGUUUUGCUAAUUAAUCUAGUUUUUUAAGAACAAACCCACAACAUGGUGACCAAAUUAGAAAUCAAUUUGCGUAGCUUAUUAUCUACUUGUGAAGAACUAGUUAAAGAUGAAACAAACUUUUGGAGGCUUAAAAAAUUUAUCAAAUCAAUGGAUGUUAUGAUUGAAGAGCUUCAAGAAUAUGAAGAUGCAAGAACGUUGUCAUCUAUAUCAGAUUAUUGUAAAAGACUGCAAUCACUUAAAACACAAACAAACUACAUAGACAGCCCACCGCUUUUAGCUGAAACUUCUUCUCACAAUCGAAUGGCAAAUGAAAAUGUCGAUGAUGUUAUCAGAGAAGUACGUCAACUUCAAAACUCCAAACACUACUCUGAUAUUCGAAAAGAGCUUAUAAAUGAUGAUAACCUACGCUCUCGCAAGCCCCAAGAACAGGGACAAUCAAAUGAAGCUUUAAAAUACCACAACGAUGUCCAAGAAAAAAUCACCGAACACAUGCUUUCCCUCACGCGUAGUCUUAAAGAACAAACCGAAAUAGCCAAUCGAAUUAUCAAACGAGACACUGAAGUUGUUUCCAAAUCCACAAACAUGACCGAUAAGAAUAUAAAUUCUUUAACAAAAGAAAACGAGAAGCUGCAGGAGCACUCGAAAAAUGCUUGGAAAUGUUGGACGUUCCUUAUGUUUGGUUCAGUUAUAUUUAUUUUUAUUGGUAUGGUAUUGUUUAUGAAAAUUGUAAAGAAGACAUAAGGGCUAAGGGUAUAAAAAGGAAUUGUCGAUGUGGAAAGAUCAAAAUAAAUAUCAUUCCCUUGGAUGUGUGUUUCUUUUCUCUAUAAACAUGCAUUGUAUUAUAUUUUUUUUUUUUGCAUUUUUAUGUUUAGUUGCUUUUUUUAAAUGUAAAUUAUCUGUAGAGGGAUUAAAAGACAAAUAAAUCAGUCUGAUUAUGACCUCGUGUCUAUAAAAUCAAUCAUAAAUAACAGA